AUAUAGAUAUAAUAUGCAUAUGGUUUAAACAACAUAUUAUUUUCAUUUUACGCCUAACCUUCCUCUUAAUUAAGCGUAUUUUUUUUUAUAUAAAAAUGUCCCUCCGGUAAACCGUCAACGUCAGUAUUCUUUCGAGAAGCCUGUUGAAAUUUUCUUUUUAAUUAAUUUUUUUAACAAUUAUAUCCCUUUUCCGUGAUCGUUUCCCUAUCGACCUGUCGGUACUAUGCGAUCUAAAGCAAAACCGCGACGCAACGCGAAGUGUCAUAUCGACGGAAAUUAGAUGCGAUGGCAUUGAUCGGUUGAAGCGGUAAAUGUGGAAUACAAUAUUAAAUAGGCACGCCGAGAUAAAAUAGUUUACAAACAUAAAGUAUCUCACUGCCGCGGCGCCGUGUAUUUAAGUACGCUGAUCCACUCGUCGGUGAUACAUUCAAACGAAAACGGUUCUACCUCCAUCUUCAUUUUUGUCUCCGUCUUCGGAGCCGAGUGCCGCAGCCCACCGUAAACUAUAUAAGUUUGGCGACACGUCCGUCAACCCAUCAAUCAUGUGGACAUUCGUCGUGUGUGUUUUGGCUUGUGCGCUACAGGUGUCUGCAGCCAACUCCACUCAGGAAUCAGAUUCUAAAUAUUGGAUUGAAAAUGGAAAACGAAUGUUGGAAGAAAGGUCGAAAUUAAAAUUACGAACAAACAAGGCAAAAAAUGUUAUAAUGUUCCUAGGAGAUGGUAUGUCAUCGACCACAUUGACGGCUGCUCGGAUAUACAAAGGUCAGUUGCAGAACAUAUCAGGCGAAAGUGAACACUUGAGUUUUGAACAGUUUCCGUUCAUCGGAAUAUCAAAGACGUAUUGCGUUGACAGUCAAGUGGCCGAUUCAGCAUGUACCGCUACAGCAUAUUUGUGUGGUGUCAAGUCCAACAAAGCUACAAUUGGAGUAACGUCUAAAGUACUCUUAGGAGACUGUCCGGCAUCGGUGCCCGAAGAGCACCGCGUGACUUCCAUAAUGCAAUGGGCGCAAUGGGCUGGCAAGGCAACCGGAAUUGUUACCACGACCCGGGUUACCGAUGCAUCUCCAGCAGGUACUUAUGCUCGAACCGCGCAUCGGGACUGGGAAUCUGAUGAAGAUAUGAUAAAAGAAUCCGGUGGUAAAACCAAUCUCACACAGUGUGAAGACAUAGCUUUACAAUUGAUAACAAAAGAACCGGGUAGAAACUUCAAGGUUAUCAUGGGCGGUGGUCGUGAUAAUUUUAUGAAGAAGGAGGUAAAUUUCACGGGAAAACGUAAUGACAAAGACUUAGUACUAAAUUGGAAGAAUGACAAAAAAGCUCGAUUUGGUGAUAAGAUUGCUAAGUAUAUAACAACCAGAGAGGAACUAAUGAAAACGGAUAUGUCUAAAACCGAUUUUGUAUUAGGUCUUUUUCACAAGAGUCACAUGGACUACAGAUUAAAAUCCAAUUUUGAGAUUCAGCCCACGUUACAGGAAAUGACCAGGAACGCUAUUCAGCUGCUCCAGAAAGAACCAAACGGCUACGUUCUUUUUGUAGAAGGGGGGCUCAUUGACAAAGCACAUCAUAAAACAUGGGCGAAAAUCGCGCUCGAUGAAACAUUAGAAUUUUCCAAAGCCGUGGCAGACGCUGUGGCGUUGACAAGUGAAGAUGACACAUUAAUCGUGGUAACUUCAGACCAUGCGCAUACCAUGUCGAUGGCUGGUUAUCCUAAACGAAACGCUGAUAUUCUUGGUUUAACAAAUGAACUUGCCAUGGACAAUAUGACGUAUACAACUCUGAGCUACGCCAAUGGCCCAAAAAAAUCCUUCACAAAUGAUAGCACGUGUCAUAGGGUCAACGUGACUAACGGAGAUUUAAACACAAUCGACUAUGAAUAUCCAAGUCUGGUUGAUUUAUCUGGUGAGACUCAUGGAGGAGAUGACGUUAUGGUAUUUGCAAGGGGUCCUAUGUCUCAUUUAUUCUCCGGAAACUAUGAGCAAAAUCAAAUUGCUCUUGGUAUGGCAAUGGCUGCUGGUAUUUCCACCAAUCCACCUACAUCUAGUUCUAGCAGCAGUGCUAAUACACCAUUUAUUUUUGCUGGACACACUGUUCUUGCAGUAUUAUUGUUGGGUCUAGUUGGAAUUUCACAAUCUAGUUUAUAAAUCUCAAUAAAAUAAUAUAUCGAUAAACUCAUUUUUAUUUGUAAGUUAUUAAUUAUAAAUAUUAUUUACAUUAAAUAUAAGCAACAAUUUUAAAUAUA